CUCUCAAAAAUUGCCUUUUGACUAAAUUUCAUAAACUGGGUCUUAGUGAUUAACAGCUAAAAAUCAACUUUUUCAUGUGUUUGAUAGCUUAAAACCACUUGUGUUUAGAUUUUGUCAAGAUCAAAAGUUGUCUGCUUUAUUGAAGGAGGAAAAACAAGUUCUUUCUUGGUGAAGGCAAUUUGGAUGGUUUUAGACAGAUGGGAUUUGGUCAUCAUCAAUCUGAAAGAUUUGUUGGCAGAAAACCAUCAAGGAAGAAGAAAGAUGAUGAAAAAGAAGAAGAAGCAGGAUGCUGGGUUAAAUUAAGGUUUAUGGGAUGUUGCGUGUCUUCUAGAUCAAGAGUUGAUAACUCCAUGAGUGGAAGAACAGCUACUCCUUUUGCCGAAAGUAAACCGACGAAAGAGAAACGCAGAGAUCAGCCGAUCGUUUCGGUGUCUUCCACGACUAGUAAUGCGGAAACCGCUUCGUCCACACCGAAAUACAGUGAGGAACUGAAAGUUGCUUCGCAGCUACGGAAGUUCACGUUUAUUGACCUUAAAUUAGCAACCCGUAAUUUCAGACCCGAGAGUCUUCUUGGUGAGGGUGGGUUUGGUUGUGUGUUCAAAGGCUGGAUCGAGGAAAACGGAACCGCACCUGUGAAACCCGGUACCGGACUUACCGUUGCUGUCAAAACGUUAAACAUAGAAGGACUUCAGGGUCACAAAGAAUGGCUGGCCGAAGUGGAUUUUCUUGGUAACCUCCUCCAUCCCAAUUUGGUUAAAUUGGUUGGUUACUGCAUUGAAGAUGAUCACAGGUUACUGGUAUACGAGUUUAUGCCAAGAGGAAGUUUGGAGAACCACCUCUUCCGGAAAGGGUCCUUGCCACUUCCUUGGUCUAUCAGAAUGAAAAUCGCACUCGGCGCCGCGAAGGGUCUCUCAUUUCUUCAUGAAGAAGCCGAAAGACCGGUGAUAUACCGGGAUUUUAAAACGUCUAAUAUCUUGUUAGAUGCAGAUUACAAUGCCAAGCUCUCUGAUUUUGGACUGGCCAAAGACGGUCCUGAAGGAGAUAAAACUCAUGUAUCUACUCGAGUUAUGGGAACGUAUGGCUACGCUGCACCCGAAUAUGUAAUGACCGGACAUUUGUCAUCGAAGAGUGAUGUAUAUAGCUUCGGGGUAGUUUUACUCGAGAUGUUGACCGGCCGAAGAUCGAUGGACAAAAACCGACCUAAUGGGGAGCACAAUCUUGUGGAAUGGGCGAGACCGCAUCUAGGAGACAAGAGAAGGUUCUUCCGAAUCUUAGACCCUCGACUUGAAGGCCACUUUUCAAUUAAAGGUGCACAAAAGGCUUCCCAGCUGGCUGCCCAAUGUCUUAGCCGUGAUCCGAAAACCAGACCUCGGAUGAGUGAAGUUGUUGAAACCCUAAAGCCACUACCAAACCUAAAAGAUAUGGCAAGCUCUUCCUACUAUUUCCAAACUAUGCAAUCCGAUCGUGUUAGGUCCAACGUAAAUGCUAAAACAGACACCAGAGCGCAAGCCGGAUUCGUAGUGAGGAAGGGACAACCUAUGAGGAGCUUGUCCGCUUCGAACAAUCAUCAGGCUCCUCAAUAUCACCAGCCUCACCCAUCACCAAAGCCCAGAGCAAAAGAAGCAUAGGUUCACAGGUUCAAGUUUCUCUAUAUUCACACUUAGAAUUUGGUUCUUAUCCGGUAUCCGCUUCUUCGGGUUGCAAUAUCCACCGUUUAAUUAUAUGAAUAGAACUGAACGUGCAGCGUCAUGGCCAGUUAAUCGUGCUCAAGGAAGCUCGUCUCGUUCAUUUCUCUCAUUCUUCAUCGCUGUCUUAUACCUUUAUCCUAGAUAUCCGGGUUACAUUGGAGAAUAGAAGCUGGAAAGCUACGUUGGCAAUGGAUUACGACACGCCGAUGAAGGCCGGUCGAUAGGUGGUGCAACCAUGAUGCUAUUUUUAUGUGUUCUUUGUUUAGUCUUUGGACUGUUGAUGGAUCUAAGAGACCUCACAAUUUACCCUCUGCAUUACCCUUGUCUUGGAUUUGCAGUUGUACAAAUGGAUCUCUUUCUGUCUUAUUAACAUCUUUAACAUAAGGAAAACUUGUGUGAA